AUGGCUGAGCCUAGUACGGAUCCUCAAAUAUCCCCAGAGGGUUCUAUUCUGGCCUCUUCUACAUUCGAUAAACCAACGAGUCCGACCAAGAGCCCUUUCGAGCCCAAGACGGCCUCUUCGGACGACUCUGAAGCGUCAACAAGACCCGAAAAGAGACCAAGACUGGAACCGCCUCAAAUGACUGCCGCCAUCGCGUUGGCCGAAGCACCGAAAACUUCUGUCCCUCUCUCGCCCCCCUCUCCGGGGACAAGUCCCAAUCCUCCUCAACAAGUCCUCAACGCUCUGAUGGGCGCCCACCAAAAUGUCAUGAGCAAGGCUCCCCAAACAACAUCAGACAGAUCGCCCGAUCCGGCCACCACGGUCAGCGAACCUUUGGCGGUGGUGGCGGAGAAUAUACGGCAACCUGCCAUGACCGUUACGGAAAGUUCUGCUACCGGUGACAAUCAUGCGGCUCAGACCAGUCCCACGAGCAUAUCCAGUACGGGGACGCUGGAAAAUGUGGCCGGGGCUUCGGGAAUGACCACCACCGUGGGAAGCCCACUUCCCAUCGAAGAAACCGUCCGUCAGGUCGUGAAUGCCGCCGAGGCGGGCUCUACCUCACCUGGCGAAGGCUCAAAGGCGCUCUCUUAUCCGGCCCCUUUGUUGCAACCACAAGUAAAUGAAGGCGCUAGACGAGGGAUGAGCUUGCCUCAUUCUGGCACACGACAAGGUACAAGAUCUCCUUCCAGCAAAAAGCACAGAUGCCCCUACUGCGCCACCGAAUUCACUCGUCAUCACAAUCUGAAGAGCCAUCUGUUAACACAUAGCCAAGAAAAACCCUAUGUUUGUUCCACCUGUCAAUCCAGGUUCCGGCGAUUACAUGACCUCAAACGACAUACCAAACUGCACACCGGCGAGAGACCCCACAUUUGCCCCAAAUGCGGACGAAAGUUUGCUCGAGGCGACGCGUUGGCUCGUCACAACAAAGGCCCGGGUGGAUGUGCCGGUCGGAGGGCCAGCAUGGGUAGUUUUGGUGGUGGUGACGAAGAUGCCGAAGGUGACGACUCCAUGGAAGGUGUCGUGUAUAAUGAACCGGAUACGAUGGAUGAUGAAGAAGGCAAUGACAAGAGACCGGGAAUUCGUCGUCAAGCGCCUUCGGGAGAUGACUCCGUGGACGAUCCGGAUCAUACCUCUCGAAUUCCCAGCACCUACCCUCCGAUCCAGGGUCGUCCUCCAGGAGGUAUAGCCGGUGGAUUUUUCCCUCCUCGAGCUGGUUUUAAUCCGUCAACUUCGGGACCGAGUAGUGCGCCGGCCGCGUCGGCUGGCCCGUUACCGUUUCCAGCUAUGUCUAGUUCUUCACCCAGUUCUCGGCCUUCAGGCGCGGGAAAUACAGUCUAUGCAUCCAAUCCCAUGACCGAAAGUCCCAAACCCUUGUCCCCGGGCCACACACAACGGGCUUCUGUUUCGGGUGAAGGUGGUCUGAAUAGAAAUCGAUCUCCCACCAUGACGCAUUAUCAACAACCAUCAUACAGUCGAGCCAGCGGGACAGGAUCAUCUUUAAGUGUUCCGUCUACGGCUCCUCAGUUGCCUCCUCCCCAUGUACUGAAUCCUCCCGAUGCGAGAUAUACCUUACCAAGUCAAGGUGGGCCGGCUCAUCCUCCUACUCAACCUAGCGGCCCGCCGACGCAUAUGGGUGGCAGUGGCCCCCUAUCAUCUCACAGCAACAGUUUGUCCAGCCAUGGACACUCGGGCCAUGGGAGUGGAGAAGCAUCUAAUCCCAUCUUCCCUAAGGAGGAUAGAAUUUGGGCAUAUGUGGCCAGUUUAGAACAAAGGAUGAAUUCCAUGCAAGAAGAGAUUAAUUCUCUCAAACAUCAACUCGCGAGUGCGACACAAGUCCAGCAACAGCAACGGCAACAGCAACGAGUUUGA